AUGGCUGCAUACCGCUCCCUGGCACUGAUCAGCCUGUUGGGGCUGCUGGCAGCAGCGGGGGAGACGCGGGCUAUCCUGAUCAGUGCCGACUGCGCCCAGAGCCUGUAUCCGGCGCUGUCCAGCUGCCGUGCCGACACGGUGGCGGCGGCAGCCACCCUGCCGGGCUGCUGCUCCGGGCUGCAGGCGCUGGCGCAGGACUGCAUCAACCAGGCGCUCUUCUAUGUGGGGGACGACGCGCAGGCCGUCCAGAGCGGCUCCGACGAGCUCCAGCAGCUGUUUGGCGCCUGCGGCAUCGCCAGCGUGACCAUCACGCCCGUUGCCAACAUCACCGACCUGCCUGGGGACCUCAGCGGCGGCCCCCCUGUCGACACACCGCCCAUCAACACCCCGGACACCACCGUCACGGACACCACCGGCAACGGUGGCAGCCCGCCGCCGCCAGUGGACUGCGUCAGCGCUGCCGGGGGUGCCACCGACUCGUGCUCCGCUGAUGGGGACGUGGCGCCCGGCACGCUGUGCUGCACCAGCCUGGAGGCGCUGGGUGUGGACUGCCUGAACGACUACAGCGACGCGGUGGCGGCAGACGACGCGCAGGCUGCUGCACUGGCACAACUGCUGGAGGGCUGCGAAAUCGACCUGGCAGGCAUCAACAACAGCACCCUAAUCAGCUAA